AGUAAUCUAGUGAUCGGUGUGUUGAGUGUCACGUUUUUAGUUUCAUCCAGAACGAUCGAGAAACAUAAAUAUCAUCUUGAUUUGCAAUAAGUGCAGCAGAUCGUCCUAUCAGCGAUAUGCCCCAAUGUUACGUCAGCUCUUGUUCGAAUUAUUACGGAAAAACGCGGGGCACCCCCGGCAUUAUCUAUCACAUGGUACCAGCGUCACGUGACAUGACCAUCAAGUGGGCUAGAGCUUGUGGCAGGAACGACAAAAUACCCCCAUCGUAUGCCCGCGUAUGCAGCAACCAUUUUUCAGCAAAAUGCUACCAAAGGGACCUGCAACACGAGCUGCUUGGUCUGCCAUUGAGGAGGAAACUAAAAAACGAUGCUGUGCCUGAUCAAAAUCUGACCGGAAACACAAAGCAAUUGGACGACAAAUCCGUGCCAGGAAACGAGAACACUAACUGCAGAAGUCUAUUGAAAAAUAACGUCAACAAUUGUACAUAUCUGAAGCAUAGCAACCAAAAUUCGAGAAACGAAAAGAAUCGAAACGAUGCUGACGACAUUAAAACUAAUGACAAAAUAGUCUUGAAGUGCAAAAAUAAUAACAGAUUCAACAAGCGACCUAUGAGAUCAAGUAUUAGGAUAGCAAAGAAGAAAUCCAUCGAGUUACUGAGCGAUUCUUUCACGAGCAAAGUCAACAGCAAGAACGAAAAAUACAGUAAACCUGAACGUUUUUCAGAUAAGCUGAAGUUCAUGGCAAAAUUGCAGCUGAAGUAUGAGAAGAACAGGCAUGUAAUUGACCUCGACACAUUUUUCGAAAAUAUCACCAAUGGUGAUGACGUGGAGGCCUCUGAUAAUGGCAGUUUGAAUAAAAUGCAAAUAAUGGAAGACGUGAAAGAGGGUUGCAACGUCCAACCUUCUUCACCAGGACACGCUGAACAACGAUCUAAUGAAGUGGAAGUGAAGUCCGAAACCAAUGGUGGUGAAUAUGAGUCACAAGAAAAUGAAGAAAACGGCGAAGAAGGAAAAAUAGAAUGCGAAAAACUUGAAGCUAAGGACCUCGACAAUGAAACAGAAAUAAUAAAACCGGAUCCCGACGCCAACAGUUUGAAUGAAGAAAACUACAGUAACUCCAGUUCCUCGAAUCCUGAAAUCAACAAAAGAAAAUUCGAUCAUGACGAAGUUCCAGUCAAAAGACUGAAAUCGGAAAUACACCAGAAUUUCAAUUCACGCGACAAGAUUCUCAAUGAUUUCAUAGACAUGGCAGAAUGUAACAAUAUGGAACAAAUUCAUUCGUUCAGUGAACAACUCCUUGCGGAAAUAAAGACAUUGAACGAGUUAGCCAAAGAGAAAGAAAGGGAAUGGAACAACAUAAUACAUUUGAAAAAGCUCAAAGAGGAACUUCUCCUAAGGAUGCAAAGAAAACGACAAGUACUGAUGAUAAAUGAAAAAUCAGAUUAUGCCGAACUGCUGCAUGAGAGUCAAAAUGGAAGCACGGAAGACAGUCUCAGAAAUAUAUCCCAAAGUAUCCUGAAAUACAGUUCAACUAGCCCUUCUAAAUCCACAUCACUUCUCGCCAAUACUGGAUGUGCGAAUGGAAGUAAUCUCAAAUACAGAAAUAUCCAACCGAAACCAUCACAUCAGCUAUGCGACUUGAACGGUUCCUCAAGCGCUCAGCAAGCUAAAAGACUGACACUCGAUGUGCAAUCCAUCAUUGCAGACUACAGGCAGAGACAUCCUGAAACAGUUCCUAGACGAGGAAGAAGAAUCAGGUCACACACGGAUGUAACGAAUAAAUAUCCGAACAGUAUUUUGAAUUUCUCAUCCAUGACUCUCGGCAGUGGGUCACAAAUGAGGCACGGUACUGAUAUCAAUGGAGAAUUGGGACUUUUAUUGAAUACAAUCAAUUCAAACAAACCAGAUCCAGGCAAGCUACCGAAUCCAGAUUCGACUAUGUCCAAUCCACAAGACAGCGUAUCAUUCAAAGAUAUGCUCUUGCAAUUCGCCAAAUUAUCUCAGAGUGAAAGGAACGAGCUAAUACAGAACGCCAUCAAACCACCAACGCAAGUUCCUGUCAAACCGCCUCCGCCAUAUCCGGAAGUUACCGUACAUCCAGUUCGGGACCCAGUUCCUACAACUUCGUCUGCAUCCUCAAGUUCACUAUUACACGGGAUACUAACAAAGACACCUACCAAACAAAACAGUAAAACUUCGUUCAGUCCAACCUUGGCUAGACUUUUGACAGCACCUGAAAAAGCAGCAGGAAACCUCGUGACCUCAACUCCAACAAUUACAAAUACAACCAUCCAUCCGUCAAAUAUGUCGAUUUCAGAAAUUCUUUCUACUAGUAAGGCACACAAUGAAAUAACUAUAACUCCAGUGGACACAUAUGAGGCAACGCCGACUAAAGCAAGAAAUGGUGUUGAGGAAGAGGCUGAAGAUAGUGCAGAUCGACUAGUAAUUGACGAAAAUAGCGAUGCUAUAGAUGCGAGGAAACCCUCAAGCACGGAUAAUAAUUCAGAAGCAGGCGAUGAAGUGCCUCUCUGUCAGGGCUGUAACCAGAAGCCGGCUCAGUUUGUAUGCGCCGGUUGCGGAAACCAAUGGUACUGUAGCAGAGACUGUCAAGUUACUGCAUGGGAUGAACAUUCAGAAGUAUGUUCGGGUUAGAAUGAGGAUAUCGUUAAAUCCUUGGUUUUUCACUAUACAUUGUCCUGUAUUUUUGCUACAUACUUCUAUCAAGUUGUAAAGUCUCUGGUCCGACAUGAAGUGAGUAUACUCCUAUUCGGUUUUAGUAUCUACUGCAAUGGUAAAUUAGAUAACAGGACAACAAUGUAUAUAUUUCAUAGAAACACAAAUGCAAUAUCUGUUCAGCAUACAUAUUAUGGAACAGAAUAAUCAAUUUAUACAAAAAAGUGUUUAUAAUGGUUUAAAUUGUAAUUUCGUUUUGU